AUGCCGAUCAACGCAUCUUCUUCUUCUGGGGAUGUAUCUGUUUGGGGUUUCUGUGAAGUUAACCGAAGAAGAGAAGCGCCGAGGAGAUCCUUUCGUCUAAUCAGAGAUUUGGGGUUCCUGCAUCAUCCCCUACCACUGAUAAAACUGAAGAAGAGGCAAAGAGACAAUCUUUUGUUGUCUGAGAGCUUGAUUCGACAUGGACUUUUUCUCGAUGCACAGUCCUCAAUCUACGUUCUAUGUCAGCCAAUAAACCUGAGGCAAGAGGAGAAGCUUAGAGAACUGUGA